AGGGUCCGAUGGCUAUAAAGAGUUGAGCGAGCUUGACUACAGCUCAUCCGGCUUGGAUCUCUGAGUUCCAGACCUUCAAAGGAUAGGGGUACUGAAGUGAAAUUCAAAGUAAUGAAAAUAGAACUCUUCUAAGAUCUGCUGGUGUUGUCCUGUGGAAGAUCAGUAGUCUUUCUUUUAGUCAAGAUGAGUGAUAAGCCAGAUUUGUCGGAAGUGGAGAAGUUUGACAAGUCAAAACUGAAGAAAACUCAUACCGAGGAAAAAAAUACUCUUCCCACAAAGGAAA